UACUCUCAAACUGUUCACACUUUCUUUAACAAAGCUCAGAGGCCCCAAAAACAAUGGCUACAGGUAUCAAAGUGAUUUGUUGCAUUGGACUUGCUGUUGUACUAACAGGUGUGGGAAAGUCUGCCUUCGUUGGGAAGAGCCACAGCGGAGGGAAGGACGACCCUGUUCUGCAGUAUGUUGUUAACAACUCUCUGAGGGAGCACCCCGUCCUCACUAAACUCAGACUGAGAACUCUUGAAGACCCAUGGAACAUCAUGAUGGUUGCCAGUGAACAAGCCCAGUUUAUGGCAAAUCUCAUUCGACUGAUAAAUGCAACUAAAGCUAUUGAGAUCGGGAUGUACACAGGGUACAAUGCACUGAGCAUGGCGUUGGCCAUGGCAGAGAAUGGAAGAGUGGUCGCUCUUGAAAGAGAAGACACCUAUGUGGACAUUGCCACACCGUUUUUUAAAGAGGCUGGAGUUGAAAAUAAGAUAGAUGUACGCCAUCAAAUAGCCAUGAAGACACUGAAUGAACUGAUAGCAGCCGGGGAAGCUGGAACAUAUGACUUUGUGUUCAUCGAUGCAGAUAAGUUGAACUAUGACCGAUACUAUGAGAAGUCCCUUGAGCUCAUACGAACAGGGGGCAUCAUUGCGAUCGACAAUGUGCUGUGGAGCGGGCGGGUUGUGAAUCCUGCGCCCGAUGACCUCACCUCCCAGGCCCUGGAUGCUCUCAAUAAGAAGCUACACAAAGACCAGAGGAUUGAUCUGAGCAUGCUCAUUAUGGGCGACGGGCUGUCCCUAGUCAUUAAACGCUAAAAUCCCUAUGUGCCUUAUCGUUUAUAUGCUUUAGCACAUUUCGUUCUGUAUUCUUUUUCCGGCUCCUACCAUUAUCUCCUAAAUGUCUUUUCGACAGCAUAUAAAACAUUACAAAUUGA